AUGCUGAGAAUUCUAGACCGAUGGGGAGUAUCACCGACCAUCCAUUCCAAGGACGUCGCUCUAGAGAACAUUCACGUCCGACGAUGGAAGGACGGUGCCCUCCUCGGAACCAUGCCGGUGAACAAGACUUAUGGCCAGCAAGUCGUUAUUCACCGGGCAGACCUCCACAGUGCUCUCAUUGAGCACGCCCUGGCGCUUCCUAACGUGGAAUUACGAGUCAACUCGACCGUGACGAGUGUAACUCAUAGCCCUGCAUCGGUCACUCUUGCGAAUGGUGCCGUUAUCGACGCAGAUAUUGUCGUUGCUGCCGACGGUAUCAAAUCAACCAUCCGGGAUCAUAUUCUUGGUGGCUCGCCUUCCAAGCCUAUUCCUACCGGCGAUGCAGCCUACCGCAUCAUGCUGCCCCGGAGUGCUAUGGAGAACGACCCUGACCUCAAGGAACUUAUUAAUGAGCCUCAAGCGACGCGCUGGCUUGGUCCAUCACGGCACAUCAUCGCUUACCCGGUACGCAAGCACGAACUUUUUAACGUCGUCUUGCUACACCCAGAUCGACAUGGCGUCGAAGAAUCAUGGACCACCAGAGGUUCAAAGGAAGAAAUGAAGAAUGAUUAUCUUGGUUGGGAUCGUCGAGUCACUAAACUGAUCGACUUAGUCUCGGAUGACGAGGUCCUUGAAUGGAAGCUCUGUCUACAUAAACCGUUGAACACCUGGAUCCGGGGCUCCGUAGCCCUCAUCGGCGAUGCCUGUCACCCCAUGCUCCCCUACGUCGCUCAAGGCGCCGCCCAAGCCGUCGAAGACGCCGCCGCACUCGGUGUCCUUCUUUCCAACAUCACCUCCCGACGAGAGAUUCCACAAGUCCUCGAAGCAUACCAGCUAUCUCGCAAACAUCGCGCAGAGACGGUCCAACAAUCAGGCACCGAGAACCGAAUCACCCUCCACCUGCCCGACGGCCCGGAACAAGAGGCCCGCGACGAGCAGUUCCUGGCCUCGAUGAAGGGAGGCUCCAACCCUGAUCGAUGGUCAGAUCGUGAGACGCAACGGUUCCUUUGGGGCUGGGAUGCCGAGAUAGCGGCCUUAGAGGCCUGGGAUGAUUUGAGAAGUGGACGUAUGCCGGAAGCUAGACAUCAUUUGUAG